GCCGAAAGCUUGUGACGAGACAUUUCCGCGGCAACGAAGAGUUGUCAAAGAUUCUGGAUGUGAGUGACCAUGGUAACGAUUCCAUGAGGUAUAAGGAGUUAAAGAGAUAUAUCAAGAUUUUGCCGAAUGACGUGAUCACCACUGAAUGCACUUACGAUACGACUACCGCCAGACGAACCCUAUUGGCCGACAGUUUAGAGAUAGAGGAGGAGACGUGUCUGACAUUCUUCAUGUAUUAUCCGCGCACUUAUAACAGCAGACUUUUGCCGCAAACCUGUUUCAGUGGCCUAACGGAGAGAGCGCUGAUGAACGUGUCCGGUGUGGACUCAGAGUUGGCCGGCUAUUGGUACUCAAAUCAGCCGAGACUUAUCAGCCGUCAGUACAAUCGCAAAAAACUGUCUGAAUAUUUGUACGAUAAGACUGACUGGCGGUCCGACGCGCAGGAGAUACUGCGGUACUCGCGAAAGAGGAUCCGGUGCUCUAUGUAUGAGAGUGUGGACGACGACCGGCCCGUUCUGUACGUCAAUUAUCCCAAUAGAUAUUUGCCGUCACAUUUGGCCGACAGAUACCGCGAUCCCGACGGCGACCGCGACAGUCGUGAUCGGUAUGAAAGAGAGCACUCGUCACGCAAUAGCGACUAUUGGGACAAAGACAGAGACAGCGGCCGAUACAAGAGUGAUAAGGAUAAGGAUAGGAAUUACCGUUCGGGUGAGAUUAAAGCAAAAUUAUUACCCGCAAAACAAGCUUGUGGUAAAGUCAAAUCGGCCAAAAAGGCACAAUAUGUAGACUUUUCGCAAGACUUAAAACUAUGGCAAUGCAAACACGCGGACCCGUCGGCGCUCAACAAAUACCUCAACGACGCGGGCAUUGACUGUACGAAUACGGUUGAAAUACCUGUCGACUACCGCUCAUGUUUUCACCCACUUAUUGAUGACAAUAAUAUGGACCACAUGUUAGACAUGGAUUACACGCGAGACAAUACCCUAACCAACAAUCCAUACGUUAAAUACCUUAUGCUUAGGACACACAUCAAUGUCGCCGACAACAAGUCUAUUGGCAAAGACGCUGUCGUGGGCUUCAAGUUAUGGUUAGCCGACAAACAAAGCCGUAAUAAUACAACGCGUAGAGCACUGAAGAGAAGGAAGCGUUACACCGAUCGAGACAGCUAUAGGGACUCGUUUUAUCCCAGUAGUGAUCGUUAUGAUCGGGAUAGGGAUUGGGAUAAUGAUCGGGAUAGAGACCGAUAUAGUUCUGUUCGGGAUACGGAUAGAGAUAGAGAGAGGGAAAGGGAGAGAGAUCGGGAUCGGGAUAGGGAUCGGGAUAGAGAUCAAGUUAGAAAUCAUGAUAAAUAUAACGAUAGAGACAGGGAAUAUAGGUAUAACAGUAGUGGUGAUAGGGAUAAUCUUUAUCGGAACAGUGAUUACAAGUAUAACCGGGAUAGUUUUUAUAAUUACACGGAUCGAGAUGGAGAUAGAGAUAAGGAUAGAGAUAGAGACAAAAAGAGAGACAGCGAUUUGGAUAGGGAUAAAGAUAGGGAUAAAGAUGGAGAUGGUCACAGGGAAUAUAAGGGAAUGUACCCAAAUAGGGCUUACUACCCUACUAGAGGUGGACCCAGAGUAAUCUGGGCUAAAGCA